AUGCCUCCACGAAUACCGAGGGCGAGAACUGGCUGGAAAAAAUCCCUUCGAACGCCAAAUAAUUUCGAGAAAUCGCAUAUCUGCCCGAUAUGCACUCUAUCUCAAUAUUCAGAGAGGCCUCGGAGUGAACCUCGACAACGCAAACUCUUACCCACCCCGCAAUUACCAGUUCGGCAUUCAUCUUCUGCUCCUAUAAAAACUAUAAAUAAUGGGGGAACUGGUAAUAUCUCCAAAAUAGACCGCAGUUCUCUCAGAGAGGCAUUACUCGACGUACAAAAACACGCCACGAAUUAUGUGAAUAUUUCUAGACUACAACUUGCGUUAAGAGGUUUAGAACAACCAGAGGGUCAAGAGACAAUAAGGGUUGCGAUACUAGGACUUGCAGAUGGUGGUACCUCUCUUCAGAAGGCUAAAGAGCUCCUGAGACUCAUUUUGGCGGACCCAUUGAAAGCAGAGGAGGAGUGGGAGCGGCGUAUAAUCCACGGUGAUGACAUGAACCGGCCAUUAUUGAUAAGGGUGGGACAUAAUGAGGAAGAAAGCUCGGAGCGGAAUGGCAGGCUGGUACAUGAAAUAAAUAUUUCUUCUCCGAUGUUCAGUGGGCACAAAAUGGAGAUUUUAGUUUUGGAAAUGGAGCCUCCAAUAAUCAACGGAACCGAACUUUUCGAAGAAACAGUCUUAGUACCGACAAUGGAGAUACCGUCUAGUGCAGCCCGUUAUACUCCAGUUACAACGCCCGUACAUAAAUCGUUUCUUCUAGGCCAAGGAAUUAUGGGAGCAGUCUCUCUUGUUUCGUAUCCUCUGCAUGCAAACCGAGAAUCUAUCGGAAGUGCUGUCAACGUUCCAAACUUCGAAUCAAAAUCUCUACCUAUACCAUCUAUCGAUAUUUCAUCUGGCAAUGAAGCUCUGCAAACAUUCCGUAAGAGCAUUGAGAAUGCGAUGGCUUACGAGCGUCAAUGGUUGUCAAGCGGUAUUCCAGAAGUUGUUGACUGGGUGAAGUCAGGUGCAUCCUCAACUCAAGAGACUAUCAAAGAACCACUCCUCAGACUGAUUUCAUCUACCGUACAAAAUGCGGAUAAAAACCUGAAAGUAGAACAAGCUAGACAAUUGUCCCUUCUUUUGUCUACUCGAAUACCUUCAGCCCAGAUGAAAUCACUACGUCAUGAGCUUUCUAGUUGGUCUGAACGUGCUCAUACUGAGCUUCGGGAUCAACUGGAUGUGGCAUUUGGUGGUCAGAGAUGGCGUAAGCUGGGUUGGUGGAAGUUGUUCUGGCGUGUUGACGAUGUUUCCAUGAUCACGUCUGAUAUGUUGAGCCGAAGCUUCUUGAUCGAGGCCGAAAAAGAGAUCAUAUUUCUAGCCGGACGGACAGAAGAAGCUGGAGUCUAUCGAAACAUAUCUCUUGAUUCUGACUCUACACAGAGCUCUGAUUGGGCUUACACGCCUGUCCAGGAGGCCCUUCCAGAAGGAUUACCUCCUCCACCAAAACUUCGAGAUGUUAUCCCAAUCAAAACGGAUGAGGAUACACCAAUGAAGAUACAGCCUCAGCCUUGGCCUUUACAUAUUCCCAUUGCAAGAUCAUUCCUAUCUACAACUACCAUUCCUGCUCUUCAAGCUUUAGCGCAAAAGCUUGUCCUACAAACCCUCAGUACUUCAUCCUUGACGUCGGCCCUUGCCGGUCUAAUGUAUGUGAGUAACAUGUCUACAACUUUAUACGAAGCGGGAGCAGUCGCCGCCUUUGGAAUAGUGUGGAGUAUGAGGCGGAUGCAAACCAAAUGGGAGACUGCGCGGGCAUACUGGGAAGGCGAGGUUAGGGAAGAGGGUAGGAAGGCUGUCAGGAACGUGGAAACGAUUGUUGGUGACAACCUGAACAAGGCAGAGGAAGGCAAAGGAUUAGAUCCAGUUAUCGAACGAGAUCUGGAGAAAGCACGGGAAGCCAUCAGAUCUGCGCAAGAUAUCAUAUGUUGA